ACCGCAACACUGGCGUCAACCCAACCACUACCACCGCAAUGAGACUCGGCAGCUACUCCGCCAUCAUCACCUCUAACGAGUCCCGUCUGGAGGAGUACCAAGUACAGGUAUCUCAUGAGGGGAGGAUGGCUACAUGCUGGGUGGCGUCAAACGAAGGCCAGAGGUUCGGCGUGAACUGCAACCUUGGGAAGGGGCAGGAUACGCUCCGCAUCCGGCUGUUCGCGGACGGAGUCCUCCUCGACAAACGGAUAGCAGAUAAGAUGCACCACUGCUGUUUAUCUGGGAACCGUCUCAACUCGAGAGAGAAAAGACCGUUCGAGUUCGCUCAGGGAGUGGUGCCUAUUGAAGAGUUCGACCCCCCAGAAGUGGAGGAAGACGAAGAUGAGGAAGACGGAGCUGCUAGGAUCCAAGCGAGGGAUACGGAGAUGUGGUCCGAGAGGGGGACGAUCACUGUCGAGUUCUUUCGAGUGAAGGUAGAGUAUGGCCAGUUGCCCCCGCCCGAGGAACAUCGGUAUUUCGCUACGAGCAGUCAAGGGCUGCACACGAUCCGAGUGGGGAGAACGGAAAUAAGUCACAGGCUUAGGCUCAGAAAUAUCAUAAACGUCGAGCCGGACGCGCAGGACGAACCGCUCGUGACGUUCAAGUUCAAGCACAGGCCUAGAGCGUGGCUGGAGAUGUACGGCAUCAUACCGCGGGGAGAACUGGAUCUUAUAGCCGGGUUGACGCUUUCCUCCCUAGAGGGGGAGGGGGAGGAGAGCAGGAAGAGGAGGCGGAGUCCGACACCUGUGUAUGUGAAGAAGCUUGCUAGGCUCGGGAUGGGCGAAGACGGCGAGGAGUCCGCGGAGGACGAGCAGAACAUGGACGACUCUGGCCAGCCAAGGCAUACGCUAAACCAUACCCGUGUAGCGGACGAACCGCUCAUGACUACCGACCCGGAGGACGAUGCGGACUCCUCCUCGCCUUCAUCAGAAGGAAACGCAUCUAUUGCUGCCCAGCCAGGGACACCGACGCUUACUCCUCCUGCAAAGUCGAGGGCUUUGGACCUGGGGCUGUCUACGUCUGUCCCGCUUACAACGAACGGGAUGGGCCAGUUCUCAUUUGCUUUACCACAUGGUCAGGGAGGACCGGGAGCGCUCGAGCUGGAGAAUCAGGGUCAUGCUGUUCCAGCACCAGUAGGAGGGCUGGGAGGAGAGGAUAAACACGGGGAGACAUUCCUCCUCUACCGAGAUGGAGGGGACGAAGAUUCCCCCAUCCAGCCCCGUACCCCGACGCACCCUCACGCCCACACGCACACGCACACGUACAUGCAAGAAAAUGGUCGAGAUGCAGACGGAAGGAGCCCGACGAAGCGUAGGAGGUCAGAGGGCAUGCGCUCCAUGGCCGAAGGCGAGGGGAGUGGGAGGCCGUUGAUCACCCCGCCGGUGGAGAUGCCCGAGGUGGACACGCGGUCCAACCUCCCUUUUGUGGAAAUGGAGACGGGGUUCGUACCCUCUGGUAUGCUGGUGAUGGAUGGCGAUACCCCGACAAUGGGGGAUUCGAUGGACCCGACGCCGACGAACUCGAUCGCGCCCACGCCAACACCGACCCCCCAGUUUGUGCAAGAAAGUAGCAUGUGCACGCGAGCGGCCGACGGCCCGCCUAUACCGUCAGAUGCUAUGGAGAGCGAUUGACAGUGCUGUACAUUUCUUGUGGUGUGUGGAGACACUUGGCUGGUCAGUUGGACCUCUGAAAAAUGACGCUGUUGUUGCUUGGACAGCGUUGCUGUACGUUUUCUUUCUAAUGGCUUGCAUUCAUACAUCUCCUACACGAUCCCAUCCCAUCCCAUCCCGUUCUCAUGCAAUCCCACCACCACCACCUUCCUUGCAUCGAAUUCCCCUUUUCUGCAUCCCCUGCAUGCCUCUGUCUAGUGAUAUCAUGUAUACACUGUGUCGUGUACCUAUGCUCGAAUGAAUGAAUCCAGU